AUCAUUAUGUUAAUUAAGUACUUUACAUAUAUCCACAACUCAUUAUAUAUGUCACCAAAUAGUAUUGAAGUUCAUACAUGAUAUGUGAUUAUAAACAAGACAAAAACAAUGAAUUUCACAGAUUUUCUCUUUGUACUGAAGCCGCUUUUAGCAAUACUAAUAGCUAUUGUUUUAGCUGCUUUUAUCAUCAUAUUCCAUGGCAGUAGAAUUUUUGACAACAAAAGAAGAUAUCACCCUGUCGGUGGCACAGUCUUGCACCAACUGUUCAACUUUCAUAGGCUGCUUGAGUACAUGACUGACCUUACAAGUGAGAGAAAAACUUACAGGUUGCUUAGCUUUAAUAGAAAUGAAGUGUACACUGCAGAUCCUGCUAAUAUUGAGCAUAUCCUUGUGACAAACUUCUCAAACUAUGGCAAGGGUUGGUAUCACCACAGUGUCUUGACAGAUCUACUAGGAGAUGGUAUAUUCACAGUGGAUGGAGACAAGUGGCGACAUCAAAGGAAAUCAGCAAGCUAUCAAUUCUCAACUAAGUUAUUGAGAGAUUUCAGCAGCUCAGUGUUCAACUCCAAUGCAGUAAAACUUGCAGGAAUAGUGUCUGAAGCUGCAAAAUCAAACAAUAUCAUUGAGCUGCAGGACCUGUUCAUGAAAUCAACUUUAGAUUCUGUGUUCAAGGUUAUCCUUGGUGUAGAACUUGACACCAUGUGUGGAACCUAUAGAGAAGGCACACAAUUUUCCAAUGCUUUUGAUGAAGCAAGUGCUGCUCUCAUGUUUCGGUAUGUUAACUCUUUUUGGAAGGUUCAGCGGUUCCUCAACAUCGGAUCGGAAGCAGUACUUCGGAAAAGCCUAAGAGUGAUCGACGAAUACGUGUAUAAACUUAUCAGAACCAAGAUUGAUCAAGCUCAAAAGCCACAAGAUAACUCACUUGAUUUGAAAGGAGACAUUUUAUCAAGGUUUCUAGAAUUGAAUGAGACAGAUCCAAAGUACCUUAAAGACAUUGUUUUGAGUUUUGUCAUUGCAGGGAAAGAUACAACAGCAAUCACUCUUUCCUGGUUUCUUUACCAACUAUGCAAGAACCCUCAUGUGCAGGAAAAGAUUGCACAAGAGAUUAGGGAGGCAACAAAAGUAGAAAAUGGAUCAACCAUUGCUGAACUUGCAGCUAGAGUAACUGAAGAAAGCAUGGAAAAGAUGCAGUAUCUGCAUGCAGCUUUGACUGAAACACUCAGACUCCAUCCAGCCCUUCCAGUGGAAAGCAAGUAUUGUUUUUCAGAUGACAAGUGGCCAGAUGGAUUUAGUGUGAGGAAAGGUGAUCUUGUGUCAUUUCAACCUUAUGUUAUGGGAAGGAUGAAAUUCUUGUGGGGUGAAGAUGCUGAGAAAUUCAGGCCAGAGAGAUGGAUUGAUGAAAAUGGAAAAUUUCAGAAAGAAAGCCCUUUUAAGUUUACAGCCUUCCAGGCGGGUCCAAGAAUUUGCCUUGGCAAGGAGUUUGCAUACAGACAGAUGAAAGUAUUUGCUGCAAUCCUGUUAGGUAGCCACAGCUUCAAAUUAGCAGACCAAAAUAAAUUGGUAAGAUAUAGAACCACGCUCACUCUACAAAUGGAUGGUGGCCUGCAUGUGUAUGCGUUUCAGAGAGACAAAUAUUAAUGGCCUACACAUUUGCCACAAUACAUGGAUGAAAUACUUCUUUAUGUAAAGAGUUACAAUCAACAUGUGCAUGAUAUAUAAAUAAAAUAAACUCCUAUAUUAUUGAUAAAAUUCCGUUUGAAA